AUGGGCAGACAGCUCCGCUCCCGUGCCUCACGCCCAAAUUACGCGACCCUCAUUCAUUUUGAUGACGAUGGUGCCGGCCCCUCGAACGCGUCUGCGCCCAUCUUCGAAGAAGGCGACAGCGGGAGCGACUUUGCCCCUGAGGAUGCACGAGAACAUGCAGCUGAAGAGGACGACGAAAUGGACGAUGAUGUUGUAGAAGAGGAUGAAGAUGCACCAGGAGAUGGUGGUCGACUCUCAGACUCAGACAUCGAAGGCUCUGUGGUAGUUCUCUCUACUCCAGGGCCUCAGCGCAAGAAGACGAAUGCAAAAGUGAAGAAUGUCUCUGGCGUGCCGGGAAUCGUGACUUCUUCGCGACAAAACUAUGUACUUCCCAGCCUACAUCAUAGGCAUCGCGCAAUUCCGUUAUACGACAGAGGUGGUCCUGUGGAACGUCUGCUGCAGCCUCCUGCUCCCUUUCGACCUGCAACAGUCUCGUUGACCAACAAUUGGUCAUUUACCCCCAUAUCUGACCGUGUGGGUAAGUCGUGGGGGCAUAAUGUUGGCCCAGGUCCUCUGUGGGAACUCAUGGAGGACCGAGGGUGGUUCAAAGAGUCAAUGACCACCGACGGGGAGGUGAGUGCAGAUGAGAGGUGUCGAAGGCCGAGGGUGCAUGCAGGGGUGACCGUGCAGGGAUGCCGUAUUUUGACACCGGAAGACGCAAUGCCGUAUUUGCCCACCGGCCUAGAUGCGCAAGAGAAUGGGGAGUACAAGGCCCCUCCUCCAGUCCCGUGCUCUUUCGGCCCUUAUGAGAAGCAGACCCGUGUUAUGAUGAAGAUGUUUGAGGCCCGUCGAAUAGAGGAGUUCAUUCCUAAAAGCAAGUCACACGUCUUUAAUCCCGGGGCACCUGUUUGGGGUCUCUCCUGGUGCCCAAUACAUCCCGAUGAUCGACCUCGUCAUGGGCAUAAGCAGUACCUAGCUGUUGCGCCCUUUCCCUCAAGCGAGUAUUCGCCGUCCAUAGGGGUCCGAAUUCAGAGGCCCGCCAGUGCAUGCAUACAAAUCUGGUCUCUAGGCCCUUCACAUGAUGCAAUGGAAGUCGAUGGCAAUGGAGGCAACGACCCUGGGGAGAUGCGAUGCGAAUUAGUACUCUGCGUUGAGAGCGGCCCUGCAUUUGAGCUACGUUGGUGUCCGCUCCCAGCAAACGAUCCUGCACCGGCUGACGGUAGUAACUUAAUCCCACGUAAGCUCGGCAUUCUAGCAGGUACAUUUGAAGACGGUUCGUUUUCGCUCUACGCGGUCCCUGACCCUGCUAGCCUUGCGGCUUCACUUGGAGACAACCACGAUCCCUCUCAGCCCAUAUUUGUGAGCAUGACGCAGCCAUUACUACGUAUCGAAUUCGAGGAGACAAUGUGCUGGGGCUUUGACUGGGCCAACAGCGAGGUGAUAGCUGUCGGUUGUACGAACGGCUCGAUUGCUGUAUACGACAUCGGAGAGGUACUGAGGACCGGCCAAUGCGAUGCUCGACACAUACUUCCAACUCACCACUUCACGGUGCACCAGUCGGCUGUCCGGGUGUUGGCAUGGGCACGUACGCCAGUGUCCUCCGGUUCCGGAGAGCGUACCGCCGACAACCCAACCAUUAUCGCAAGUGGCGGAUACGACGGCCUUGAGUGUCUCACAGACAUCAGGGAAGUCUCAGGGAGCCUGUUGAAUCGUACAAGAGACGUCGUAAACGCGCUAUGCUACUCAACAUACUGCGGAGGCCCAGUCACGGUUGACAACGAAAACAUGAUCAAAACGUAUUCGCUGUCCCCGAGCAUGCUGGGCAGGGGACACACCAUCGUCGAACCCGAGGGACCAAGCUGGAGUGUCGCCGCAUCUGACUAUCAGCCCCAACUCGCCAUCGGUGUGGCCGAUGGUAGCUGUUUGACCACAAACACACUCAGGGCGACUAGACGAGGCGGCUCAGUGCCAUUCUUAGUGCACAAGAUUUAUCAGCUAGACUACAGCCGUAAGGAUCGUGAAUGGCGGAUGCUAGAGAAGUUCUUGCCCCAGGAAAUACUGGAUCGUACAGCAGCAACCAAGGCCAACGUGGAUAUCCCCACCGGCAUCGGUGUAUGGCCACGCGAAGUUGCUGUGCAGCGAGUCGUCUGGAAUGAUGGCAAUGGGCUUGCAGGCGCGCCAUUUCUCGCCUCAGCUACAGGUUCAGGGUUAUGUCGGGUAGACUGGUUGCUUGGCAGGUGGCACAGGGACCGAGUACCAUACUACGGCAUUGAAGGCAUCAGGGGAGAAGUAGGUGUUCAAAUUGAUGAAGCCGAGGAAUCCGAUUAG